CGCUGCAGCCCGAGUCCGUCUCGCCGCUUCGUCAACAUGAGCCAGACCUGUCAGACGCCCCAGGGACGGCUCUCCGACCUGGAAACCUCCAUCGAUACCAUCAUCGAUGUCUUCCACCAGUAUUCGAGGCGGGAGGGGGACAAAGAUACCCUGACCAAAGGGGAGCUGAAGCUCCUCAUCGAGAAGCAGCUCGUGAACUACCUGAAGCAUGUGAAGAACCAGGUCUCCGUCGACCAGAUCUUCAAGGACCUGGACAUCAACAAGGACCAUCAGCUCAGCUUUGGUGAGGUGAUGCUCCUCAUCAUCAAGGUGACCAUCGCCACCCAUGAGCACCUCCACUUCUGUGAGGACCAGCAGCAGCAGCACCACCACCACCACCACCAGCACAACCAUUGAGAUGGGUCGCGCUUGCCGGCACCCGCCGAGCCGCAAACCUGGGCUGCUCCCACCACCCCGCUCCGCCUCCCCACUCCCUCCUUCCCUCCUCUCGGUCUGAUGGUUUUGCCGCUGAUGAAUAAAGAUUUGCUCUGAGGCUGUCAAAGCUA